AUGACGGUGGAAAACUUCGGCCAGCAAGUGGCAGAUUACGUCCAACUCCUUGAUGACUGCUCCGGUGUUCCGUUUUCACUACAAAUUGGACGUCGGGGUGAAUGCCGUGUAUUAGCUGAAACCUUGGACGGAUUUAAAUGUCUUCUCAAGUAUCUUACUGAGAAGAAGCACAAAUUUUUUACUUACGACACCAAAACUGAACGUGUGUUCAAGGUUGUCAUGAAAGGACUGCCCAGUGGUGAAUCCCUGGAUCAGAUCAAAGAUGAACUGGCAAAAUUACUUGGAGUUGUGCCACUCCAAGUAAUCAAAAUGAAAAUGAAAUCCCGUCCUGGCGAUUCGCGCAACGGGAUUUCUAAUGAUUUUUAUUUAGUUCACUUCAAGUCUAGUGAACUAAACAACCUUAAGGCCUUAGAAAAAGCUAGCCUUAUGCUCCAUGUCCGAGUGAAGUGGGAACACUUCAGGAAGACUGGAGGAAAUUUUCAAAACCUCACCCAGUGCCGUAAGUGCCAGGGAUGGGGUCACGGAACUAAAAAUUGCUACAUGCCAGCUAAAUGCAUGAAUUGUGGUGAUUCCUCUCACGCAAAGGACGACUGUCCUGUGAAGGAAGAUCCUAAGAAAUUUAAAUGUUCAAAUUGUGGUGAAAACCACAAAUCCAAUUUUUGGGAAUGUAAGACUCGCAAAGCGAUCCUACAAUCUUGCGAUAAAAGUGCAGCAGCUGCCCACUGCAUCAAUUGUGGUGGACCUCAUCGUCCGAACAACCGUCAAUGCCCGGUUUAUAAGAAGGAAGUGGAAGUGAUCCGUCUAAAAGUGGAUCAUAAUCUGACGUACCCUGAAGCACGCAAGCGAGUCGAAACAGGGACAGGAAGUUACGCCGCAGCUGCAGCCCAGCAGACUGCCGACCGGAAAAAAUUGGAGGAACUGGAGAAGAAAAUGGAGGAGAAAGACGCCCAAAUUGCUCAACUUCUUGAAGUGAUGAAGAAGAAGGACGAAAAGAUCGACAAAUUAUUGGGACACAUUAAACUGAUUCGAACACCGCAAGUUCAACAAACCCCGCUAGCUCAGCCGAGUAAACCGAUCCAUCCUUCUGAAAGUCAAUCGAACCAAGCAAUCGAUUCGAACCUGCAUUCUCAACUCAUGAGAAAAUCCGGAGAAUCGCAGAUAGGCACACCGUCGAUGCAUCUCAGAAGUAGAUCGCCAGCGACAACGGAAUCUAAACACAACAAGAAGAAGAAAAGGCAUGACAGGAGCAACAACACCUCACCCGGCCGACAAAGCCCACCGCUGAAGAAGCCCGUUGAAAAAACACCGACAUCCGACCAGGAAACGAUAAGCGUCGACGAGGAUGAGAUCGAAGAGACGCCCCCUAGUCAGCAUCUUCGAUAA